GCUCUAGAAAGCUUAGAGAUGCAGUUGCAGACUCAAACAUUAAACCAGUUCUGUUUAGACACACAAGAGGAAUGGCAGAAACAGAGGCAAUCCCAUAUUCCAAGUAUGUUGUGCCCACCCUUCUCUUCAUUGGCUGGAUUUUAGGCUGUGCAUUAAUGGUUUACUUUGUCUUCUCGUAAAAGAGGGU